UUGCAGGCCGCCUCAGGGAAUGAGAUGAACACCACGUCACGAGCAGGCAGAUUGCGAAACUUCUUCUCCUCAUCUCACCCCCUUUCGCCUCUUCCCUUUGUAUCCUUAUGAAUUCAUCCUCGUCGCCCUCCUCCUUCGCACUCCGGAGGCAGCGCCAGCAGCGGCAGUCACAACAACAACCACUACAUCAGCAGCUCUAGCAGACGCAGUCCUUCCACUCCUUUCCCCUAGCCUGGCCCACGUGGGGCGGAGGCUUGCAGUAUGGCGGAUGACUAUCAGAUGCUGGAGGAGCUCGGCAGUGGCUCCUUCGGCGUCGUCUACCGCGCCCUCCACAUCCCGACCGCCGAAUACGUCGCCAUCAAGCACAUCGACCUCGAAGGCAGCGAUGAUGACAUCCGCGAGAUCCAGCAGGAGAUCAGUCUCCUCGCCACCUGUAACUCCCCCUACGUCACCAGCUACCGCGCCUCUUUCGUCCGCGGCACCAAGCUGUGGAUCGUCAUGGAAUACCUCGGCGGUGGCAGUUGUCUCGACCUGCUCAAGCCCGGGCCGAUGGAGGAGAAGUACAUUGCCGUGGUCAUGAAAGAGCUGCUCCAAGGUCUCGAUUAUCUGCACAGCACCGGCAAGAUCCAUCGUGAUAUCAAAGCUGCGAAUAUCCUCCUUUCCGACGCAGGCCUCGUAAAGAUUGCCGAUUUUGGUGUUGCGGCGCAACUCACCAACAUCAAGUCCCAACGCCUCACCUUCGUCGGCACACCAUUCUGGAUGGCGCCGGAGGUGAUCCAGGAGGCCGGCUACGACUUUCAUGCCGACAUCUGGUCCCUGGGCAUCACGGCGAUGGAGAUGGCGCAAGGCGAGCCUCCGCGCUCCGACAUCCACCCCAUGAAGGUCCUCUUCAUCAUUCCGAAAGAGCAUCCGCCGAGGCUGGAAGGAAAUCGCUGGACGAAAGAGUUCAAAGACUUCAUUGCACUGUGUCUGAACAAGGAUCCCGAGAAGCGACCCUCUGCUAAGAUGCUGCUGAAGCAUGCUUUCAUCAAACGUGCGGGCAGGCCCGACAUGUUGAGAGAGCUGGUGUUGCGCGCGAGGGAUUUCGAGCAGAAUGGGCGAGCGAUGGAUAGGGAUGUGAGGUAUUACGAGGAGACAUUAAAAUCGAUGAGCAGUGCGGAUGAGGAGGAUGAUUGGGUGUUUGACACUGUCAGGCCGUCGAAGAAUGCAACUCGAAAGGCAGUGAACACCGCGAAGCACACUGUUAAACGAAGGAAACUGCAGCGUAUACCUUCUGGAAAUGCCACAAAUGUGGAGAAUGCCACGGCGGCACUGGAGGCUAUGAACCUGGACGCCGCCCCAUUGGGAGACAUCACCAAUGCAUCGACCACUGGUACCACCAGAGACAUGUCGACAAUCAGAACGCCGAAACCACGGAUCGCCAGCAGUCGCAAAGUAUCGGCCAUCACUGCACGAAAGAUCUCAAUAGCAUCCCCGACAUCGCGUCGCGUGAGUCGCAACAUUUCGAGCCAUGCACCACCCACACGCCCCGUCAGCGCAGCUCAUCCAGCAUCCAAACAGCCCUUGGGCCCCGACAUGUCCUUUGGCAACAGCACCUCGACCGUCCGACAAUUCAAGCGAGUCUCAUCAGGGCCGAAGCCGACAAUCUCCCCCUUACAGCAGCCACCCCAAACCACCUCCUCGCCAAUCGAAGACCCCUCCCCCUUCGACAGCGAUGCCGAAAACCGCCCGCCUCCAGUCCACCCUGUAGUAGCACCACCCAGCCUCCCAUCCACCAAAGAAGCCAUCCUCGGCCGCCGCGCCUUCACCAAAGCCCUCGACCCAUCCUUCCAAGAAACCCACGCUUCUACCAGCGACCAAACCAAACGCGAAGCCCUCUCGCACGUUGCAGAAGCUUGGUCGAACCUCAACGCUGUCGAUCCCGAAGGCGAACUCCUCCUGCUGAAAUCCAUGAUGGACAGAAUCCAGGCGGAUCCGAAGCUGGCGAGCGCGCUACUACCCGCGCGUGUCGUUAAUGCGCAACUCGCGAGUUUGAGGGGAAAUCGCUCGCCUGUCAAGGGAGGCGGGAAGAAGAGCGGCAGUGUAGUUGUGAUGGUGGCAGAGGAGACGGCGGAGGAAACUGAUGCGGAAGCGAUGCAGACCUCGACUCCCACCAAAGGCUCCAACGUGCGGACGAGCAGCACACCACAGCAAAGCCCUUCGAAACCGCAAGCGCAGCAGCAGAGUCCAGGCGGCGCCCGCCUAGUCCUCAACCCGCAGAAUCCGCAUCUGCAGCGCAUGCGCUCUGGUCAGCAACUCUCCGCUACAACAGCCGAGAAGGACGCCAAAGCGCUGUCGUCUCCGCCUCCUCCGCCGGUCAUGGCAUCGCUGCUAGACGAGAAGAUGCCUGGCAGGAUUGAGCCUGGUUUGGAGCACGUGGGUCUACUGGGGGACGUGUUGUUCGGGCGUUGGGCGGAGGGGUUAAGAAUGAGGUGGCCGGUUGCGUGAAAUUGGGGGUAAGAAAGAAACGGUUUGCAUGGUUUGGUGCAUGAGUGGAGCGAUGCAUUGGUGCUUUCAGGAUAGAAAGAGCACAGGGUUUGGGGCUUUUACCAUUCAAUGUAUAGAUUUUGCGCGCAUCAGGACCAAGCAACAAGGCUGGUUUUCGCGGCGGUGUUUUCUGCUUGCUUGCUUGAGGCCGCUGAGCGUGGGUUUUGUUCCUUCGGGGCGAUGGAGCUGGCACGGGCUGUGUGUA